GCCUCCUUCUCUUUCCCAGCGUCAGUCGCCUCUCACCCGUCCGUCCGUCCGUCAGUGUGUCAGUCAGUCAGUCAGUCAGUGUGAUACAGUUAGAAAACUUUUCUCUGUGCGCUGGCUGUAUCGGAGUAAAACAACCCGCUGCCAUUGCGUCUUUACGCGCGGAUCAUCCCGUUGCGCCCCCCUCCCCGCUCGGUCCCCGCCGGAGCGCUCCUCUCUGGAUCUCCCGCUCCGCAGAGCAAAGGGCGAUGGACGACGACUUCCUGUCCAACUUACCCCCGGGCCUGCCCGGAGACUCCGACUCUCUGAGCCCCAACGCCACCGAGGAGCCCGGCUGGUGGGCGUCCUCGGACGGAGUGGAGACGGUCCACUUCGCCGUGCGCUGCGUCAUGACCUCGGUGUACAUCCUGAUCAUCACCGUGGGUCUGCUGGGCAACAUCACGCUGGUGAAGAUCUUCAUCACCAACAGCGCCAUGCGCAGCGUGCCCAACAUCUUCAUCUCCAGCCUGGCGGCGGGAGACCUGCUGCUGCUGGUCACCUGCGUGCCGGUGGACGCGUUCCGCUACUUCUCCGAGGAGUGGGUGUUCGGCGAGGCGGCGUGCAAACUCAUCCCCGUCAUCCAGCUCACCUCGGUCGGCGUGUCCGUGUUCACGCUCACGGCGCUCAGCGCGGACAGGUAUAAGGCGAUAGUGAACCCGAUGGACAUCCAGACAUCCAGCGCUGUCUUCUGGACGUGUCUGAAGGCUGUUUCUAUCUGGCUGCUGUCCGUCCUGCUGGCUGUCCCUGAGGCCAUUUUCUCACAAGUUGUCUCCAUGCAGGGUAACAGGGACAACACUAACGUCACCUUUGUGAACUGCGUGCCGUACCCGCUGUCCAAUCAGAUGCAUCCUAAGAUUCACUCAGUGAUGAUCUUCCUGGUUUACUUCCUGAUCCCUCUGGCCAUCAUCUCAGUGUAUUACUACCACAUCGCCCGCACGCUCAUCAAGAGUGCCCACGACAUGCCAGGCGAAGUCAGCGAACACACCAAGAGACAGAUGGAGACGAGGAAGCGCCUGGCCAAGAUCGUCUUGGUGUUCGUGGGCCUGUUCGCCCUGUGCUGGUUCCCCAACCACGUCCUCUACAUGUACCGCUCCUUCCACUACCACCAGAUGGACCUGUCGCUGGCUCACCUCGUCAUCACCCUGCUGGCCAGAGUCCUCAGCUUCUCCUCAUCCUGCGUCAACCCCUUCGCCCUCUACCUGCUCAGCGAGAGCUUCCGCAGGCACUUCAACAGUCAGCUGCGAUGUGGUCGAGGUCCCCGUCCCGAGCGCCAGGCCAGCUACAUGCAUAGCACCUCCCACAUCCGCCUCACGUCCAUCAAGAAGACCACGCCCACCGCCGCCAUCAUCGCUCCAGCAGCCAACGGCAACUCCAACAGACAAGAAGUGGCUCUGUGAAGUUGGAGGCUGUGAGUCUGUGAUUUUCAGCUUCACCUCAUCCCGGCAGCUCUGCAAACGUAGGACUCCUGCAGUUACAGACCAGGAGAGGUAUUUUGGUGCAAAGUGUAGUGGAUGGAUGGAGGAGACUUUACAGGCCUUGUCCGGUUGAAUGAUUGUACCAGUCCUCCUGUCAAAUCGGACUUUGUAAUCUACAUCCUCAACUGGGCAACCAAACAAAAAGUGCCUCUUGGAAAUAUUGGAAAUAUAAGGUCACACAUCGAAGGGAACAGCAAAACCCAAUACUUAACUUUUCUACGGCUACAAUUCUCCAGAUAUAUUUAAAUAUGUUUGCUAAAAGUAAAUAUCUUACUCGAGGUGUUGGAAGAACUUGCAAACACUAGCACUAGCAUGGUUACCACACUAGCAUGUCUGCUGUGAAAGCUUGUUUCUCUGUGCUCAGUUGCUGGAAUGUUCAUCGCUGAUUGAUCUAAAAAAGCCAUUUUCAUCUUUGGUGACACUGUAUUGAUCCACAGAGAGAGCAAAUUUUGUCAAGGAGGAUCAGACACAGAGCAACAUCCCCAGAGACAUUAGCGAGUCAACCUCUUAUCCAAAGACAUUUCAGAGAAUGCUUGGGACCGUUGGAGGAUUGAACGUUUGGGAUGAUCUCUCUUUGAACUGUUUUGGAAAUGAAUGGAAAGCGUUGUAGCAGUUAAAAACUACCCGAAGCCUUGUAAACCAAAAUAUUUCUCUGUGUGGAGGAAAACUUCUUUGGUAAAUGUUUGGUUUGUGGUUUCUGUUACUCUCUGUGUCCACCAGCUACGACUCUGAUAGCUAAUGGCAGAUUGUUGAAGGAGGAAGGAAGGGGCCGCUGAGAAAAUUAUAAGUACUGAACUUCGGUACUUUAAUGUCACUGAGUGACUUGUGUCCAUACUACAGUAUCGACCCCUGUCCUGUCAUCUGGCACCACAUAUCAAUAGCAGUCAGUGCGGCAGUAACGGGUGCAGCAGACCUUUCUCUGCAGCCAACCCUUACCUGCUUGUUGGCGAAUCAGCUCAACGCAUCGUCCGCUGAGAUGGAAGCGGUUUAGCUCGCUAACAUACAGUUUUGAUUUCCUGAUUUAUUUUUUAAUUGCCACAAGGCGAGCCUGUAUCAUUCAAAAACCCCAAACCUGUCAAACUAAAGAAUGACAGGGAAAUGAGGUGCCUAUCGGUGAUGCAAUAACAAUAUAUGUUUCUUAACAAAAUAUAAGUUAAUGUCCAGUAUGUUUUAGUCCCAUUUUAAUCAUCAAUAUACUUUGUGAUUCACGAUAUAUAGGAUAAUCCUGACAUGAAAUUCUCAUAUCGUCCCAUGUCUAGUGUCCAUAUUUUCGGCAGGAAAUCAACCACAUUCUCAGUAGGUAAUAGACUCCGCAAGAGUCGUGCCUUGUCACCGAUUCUGUUUCGUGGACAGAGUCCAGUAGGUGACUUCAAGAUUGUAUCCCAGCUCCAGCCUAUAAAUUGUAAUAAAUUACAUUCCAGAAAAACAGUAGUUUCUAGUAAAUUAUUAAAAAUUGCUUUCAAAUAAAGUUGAACCUAAUUGAACACUAUAAGACAGGAAUGAAUUUUACUGAAAUAUAAAUAUGUAAAGAUAUUCAUAAAGUGGCAAAUUAUUCAGCCUUUUAGACAUACUGCAAUAAUCCUGCUACCUGCAUUUGCUUUCAACCAAAGUAAAACCACUCAUGUGUCAUGUGUUGAGAUAAUCUGAGUUUUCCCAGUGCUCUGCAGCACAAGAUGGCCACCACUGCUCUAGCAUCUGGUGCUCCCGAGUGCCAAAAAACCUGUCAAAAGUCCUGCAAACACACAAGUUUAUUCCCCUUUAAAAAUAAGUCACUAAAGAACGUGACAUGGUGAAGAGCGGUUCCUGGUGGAUGCACAGACUAACAGACCUGUGUAUAGGAUAAGUGUUGGUUCUUUGCAUUGCAGUUUUGGCAUGAAUUGACAGGUAACGUGUUGUAUAUUCAAAACAACCACUUUCAGAAAAAUCUGAUCAUGUGAGGUACUUUUGAUCACAUUUUGAUGUUGUUGUUUUUCUUCUUUAAAAUGUUUGAUGUGUUCUUCAGUGCCAGGCAUGUGUCACGUUCCUGUGUUUGAAAAUUAUGCUUGAAUCUCAUAAAGGCACAUAAUACAUUUUCCUAUUUGAGCACACAUAUGCACACAUCAAGUCCCAGGAUGCAACGAUUUUCCCGUACUUUAAUAGAAAUAAAUGUUGAGUUUUUUUAAAGCAACACUAAAGGUUGAGACAGGACACGUUUCAGGGCAGUCUAACUACUGGUUGUCACUUUGGGCUUUUAGCUCUUCAAUGGACAAUCAGGAGUAAGUGGAGCUGAAAUUAUAGUACAUAACAGGUGGGUGUCAAAGUGUCUCAAUGCACCUGUUGGUGGUUGUCAUAUGUCCGUAGGAAACAGCAGUGGAGCUGUGGGUAGCCAGACAGCUGUUGGCUCCUCAAAACUUUUGACGUGUCAUUAACUGGGGGGAAGUUGAAUAAUUACAUUUUCAUCCCAUUUUCCGGACAUUAUCGAGACAGACUCAUGACAAGUGAGGACAUGGGUUCGCUCAGACACUUUGACGUGACUCACAAUGGGGCUUUAAUCUCCUGAUCACUCUGAUGGUUUCAGCACCGCCCUGCUUCACACACUAAAUACAACAGGUCUAACAGGUGUCACCAUGGCUCACCCUGUGACCACGGCAACAACAGAAGGAAAAUGAUACAGGAGCUAAUUUAACCGGUAUGAGUUCCCUGAUUCAUACAUCUCUUCAAAACAGAUCAAUAUAAAAAUGUGAGAGUGACAUCAGCUUCACAGUUUGAUAAUUUGAUACUGACAAAUCAUAGAUAUAUAAUAACUAGAUACCCUAUUGCCGGGAUGGUGCCUGUCCAAUCCAAUGAGAACUGGAUACACAUAUGCCACAAAAAAAAGCAUUUACUUCUUCUGAGUCCCUGCUUAGCUGAUAGACUUUAAUUGUGAGGAUGUCAAAGAUUUUGCUUUUCUUGGCUCAAGGAAAGUUUUACAAAUACAAUUUUAAAACCUCCAUAGACAAAAAAAAUCAUAAAGAUUCAUAAUUGACCUUGUCUGCAGUUGGUGGUGUCCUGUCAGGUCUCUUUUAUAAUGGUGGUCUAUUAGGAAAAUGCUAAAUGGCCUGUAGGGGAAUGUUUAAUACUGCAAGUGGCCACUGGGCAAAAUUGGAAGCAAGACUGAGCAUCACACCGUAUCUAUAAUGGGACUGUUUUACUAGAUCUAACCCGUACAAAGGGUCACAAGACUACUUUAGCGUUCCCCUCGCAAUAUGUUUUUCAAUCCUGUUCUAUGGGAUUGGGUAAGUGUGUUGUUCCAUUCAAAUUUGUGCCCUGCUGCCGGCGAUUCAGAUCAUUCAACAGCAACGUUGCCGUCAGCAAUAACUGCUCGCUGUCUGAAAGCACCAAAAUUAAGAUACAUUUAAAGCAGGUAAAAGCGCAUAUUGGUAUCUUAAUCAACCGUGCUCCAGUUUUUAAAAUUGUUGGAUAUCUCAAACAGAUUUAAAUCAAAUUUGGUGGCACAUUUGGCAACAGAAGAAAGAUGAAUUAGUUUUUGGUGCAUCUCUAAACCUAAUAGUGCCACCAUGUUGCCAUAUGUAAAGCAUUUUAUGUUUUGGCUUUGUUUCUUGAACCAUGAGUGAUAUAUUUCUCGUCUUCUUGGUUCUCAUUGGUCCAUUGUACCACAUACAAUAUAACAAAGAUAACCGAACAAUAGUUUUUGAACAGCUCGCCCCACCCAGGGUUUUCCUCAUGGUCCAACAUUUAAAGGUCCAGCGUGUAGGAUUUAGUUACAUCCAGAGGUGUUAUUACAGACUCACCCUCCUCUUCCAAGCAUCAAGGAUUGGAAGGAGAAGGGUUUGGUUUGUCCCUUCUGAGCUACUGUAGAAACAUGGUUGUUCAACACAGUGGACUCAUGGAGGUUGGCCCGUGGUGUCUGUACAGAUUUCAGGUGAUUAUACUCUUAUAAUAAAAACAUACCUAUGAAUAUUAUAUUCAAUUUCUGCCAAUAAAGCCUCCUAAAUGUUACACACUGGACCUUUAAUCUGUCACAAGCCAGUUCAUAGAUGUCUGACAGCACAAGAGUUUCCACAAACUGAAACUGUGACAUAUUUUGGAUUGAAGGGAUGGAAACUACUGUGCAUGUUAUUAAAAUGGGACAGGCAAUAACCAGUAUUUAAUUUAAUCAUCUAAGCAUAAAAUUAGCUUAGUACUUAUUAUGCAAGAAAUAAUAAUUCCCUCUGUGAUAAUGGCUGCCAUCCGUGCAUCCAAUUGCACCAAUCUAUCUAACUGUGGCAAUGACAGAAAUAAUGAGAAAACACAACGUCAGUGUUGAAAUCUGUCCUUCUCUAAGUGUGGCUGUAUUUCUAUCAAACGGGACUACUUUUUAUUUGUUUCAGGGGGUGUUUUAGGGUGAUUUAUGAUCAAUGCCUCGUUACAUUCAGAAUGUUUGCAGGUUGGAACCGCCGCUGGUUUGCUUUGGUUGUCAAAUACAGACAGAAGUUCAGUUAUGAGCUGAUAUAUGGUGAUCAGAUUGUUUUAAACUCCGAUAUUAAUAUCAGUUUGUGUGAUAAUGGAUGCUCAUAAUGUUUAGUGACACAUUAAACAUUAUGAGCAGUAGCUGCCUCACAGGGCAGCUCGGACAGCUAGAGACGUACAGUCUGGUUUCUGCUUCACACUCUCUCUCUCUUAUAUCUCUUAUGUUUCCCUCCUCAGUUUUUCUUUGCUCGUCUGUAUUGUCUGUCACGCUCUCUUCUCCCUCUGACUCGAUCCCUCUCCUCCAUCUCUUCUUUAUCUAUUCCCACAGCUUCUCUGUCUGUCUCCCUCCUGCGUCCCCCUUCCUCACCCUCCCAUCCACUCUGUAAUAAUGGGUUUUAAUGCAGACAGCUGUUCCUGCUGCUAACAGUUAUUCUACUGCUGUGUUCAGAUGGAGCAUUUCAGGUCAGCACUGGCAGGAACAGACAGACCAGAACAUGAAUUAUUAUAUUAGUUUUAUUUCAUAUUCUUGCUUUCUGUUAUGUUUUGCAAAUGCCUGUAUAGUUCAUAUCAGGGAAAGGGCAGUUUCCAUCUGCAGAGAAAUGAAGAAAUGGCAUCAAUAAAUGGGAAAAAUGAAGAUUAUUAUACAAAUUAAGUUCAACAAUAAUGCAGGGAGAAAUCCCCACAUAAUAGACUGAUUAAUGCAUCUUGUUUUUGUCAGUUAGAAAAAAUAAAUGUUGCUCUUUAGUGUGGCAUCUUUAAAGCAUGUCUGGUAAUAUAUGUUUCUUAUUAUCAAUAAAUCCCAUGAAAAGACCAAAACCAGCUAUGAAUGCAUCUACUAACAAGUAUUAUGUGUGUGUCAAAGCCUGAUAUAGCCAACCGUUUGGUCAGUAGAGCUACGCUUCAGCCUAGGACGCUGUACCCUCUAGUGUCAGUGUUCAAGGUUAGCAGCAAUUGAUAUGCAACAUCUGGUUAGACUUUCAAUAUAAAGCUUACUGAGAGUUUAAACAGUGUUUGGUUAAGGUCAGGAACAAAAACUACUUGGUUUAGGAAAAGAUUGAGAGAAAUUAAGGCUAACUUUUGGUUUAAAACGGGACACGAACGUUUCCUGGAUGAAGUCCUGUGUUUGCUUCACCCCUCCAUCCACUCGAACCUCCUCCAAACCCGGACUUUUGAGCUCUUAAUCCUGUGUUCCCGACUUCAACAGCACAUCAAAACAUUAUGCCAGACAGGCCUGUCCACAAAUGAUGCUAGAUGGGUACUUGCCCUGGUGUAAAACAAGGCACUGACCAACUAAGCUGCCAUAUUUCACAAGUUGGAAGUGAGAACGAGCUGAUAUAUCUUCUUCUUCUGUGCCAUGGAGCUCCAUUGCUGUCCAAAAACUAUUGACAACACAUCAAUGAGCCACACUGUUCCUUCAUUACCAUGAACACAUACACUGUAGUUUAUUUAUACGCCGUUCUGCUGCCCCAAAUAUUCACUAUAGCACCAAAUGUGGAUAAAUCCGCUGCUGGAAAUAGUCCCCAGCACAAUGCACUAUUUCCACAGGUUACAGUGAGCAGCUGUUUGAGGGAAGAAACUGUAGAACAUUUGUAAGCUGUUUUUAAAAAUUGAGAAAGAAAGUAUUGAGUGACAGACUAAAACAUUGUUGGUUUGGAUGUGCACAUGGGUUUUGUUGGUAAUAAGGAAAACAGAAUGACAGCUUUGUACUUUAAUCCACAGCUAAAUGCAGAUAUUCUCUGAUGAGAUGCACUCUGGCAAAUGUAGGAAAUAAACCUUGCAGAGAAAGAACAGAAGGUACAACAACUAUCUCAACUGCAACACUAUAAUGCACACUGCAGCUCAAACUGAACAUCAUUUAUAAGUUUUUAAUAUCGUUAGUGCUGUCAGUUAUUAAUGGCGUUAGCGCAAACCCAUUUUAACGGCGUAAAACGUUUUUAUCGCAAGAUUAACGUUCUUUUUGGCUUAGCACACUUUGGAGUUUUUUUCACAUGCUGUUGCAACAACUACUAACGUUAGAAGAACUACAACACCACACCGGAUCUAGCUAGACCGGAAACAAAACAACAGGCACGCUGCACACACUUGUUUAAGAGUAGUAGACGUUACGUUUUGAGUGGAUGGCGAGACGCCAAAAUGAAUGCCAAUAAUAUUCUGAAUGGAAAGUUUACUUUUAAAAAGUUGCCAAAUGGUUCCAUUGACAAGACCAAAGUGAUCUGUGUGUUCUGUCGUUGUGAACUGAACUAUCAUCGCAGCACGUCCAGUCUGAAAUACCACUUGAUGGCCAAGCACAUAGCUGAUGCGAAUUCUCUGCCCCCUCGUCAAAGCCAGGCGACAAUGGAUGAUUCUUCAAUAAAAACAACAUUUGCACAAAGCAAGCCGAUCCACUUUUCCAUGUUGAUAAGAGCAUUAAAAUGAGAAAACACAAUGGGACAAAAAGAAAUCAAGGGACAUUUAGAAUAGAUAAAAAUGUGCGAUUAAUUGCGAGUUAACUAUGACAUUAAUGCAAUUAAUCGUGAUUAAAUAUUUUAAUCAUUUGACAGCACUAAAUAUCGUAUGACGGUAGAAAGAGAGAGGGGAUGAAUUAGAGUAUAUUGUAUCAUUUGGGAUUUUUAAAAGGUAUUAUCACUGAUCUGUUUAAUUAGAACCAUCAGAGGCUGAGCAGUCUAAUAAAUCAGAAGCCCUUUGUGACGUGAAACAGGAGCCAAUAUUCCCUGGACAAAUAAGAUUAAGAAAAUGACUGUCAGCCCUGUUAACUACUCAUCCAAUCAGAGACAAACACAGAAACGGGGAUGUGUUAGUAGCCAUCAGUGGAUGGAGGUAAACUGCUCCCAGUCUGUGAGUACAAGCUCUGGGCCCGGGGCCAAGGGGACCAACAUGUAAUUAACACAUUAAAGACUUUAAUUAGCAGGGAUCAAAGGAUCAGGAGGUCUGUUCUCCUACCAGGAAAAAAAAGUCACCUGUGUGAACGCUUGAAUUUAGUCUGUUACUGCUUUGGUUCAGGAGUCCAGUUGAGUUACUGUGCAAAGGGGGAAGUUCUCUGAGGACAAAAGUUGAAUGAGAAAACUUUCUGGUGCUGCUUAAAGUUUAUUUGCUUGGUGAAAACAAAUAAAAAAAUCUGUCAAACACAUUUGGAAGUAAAUGAUAAACGCUAAAGGAAAAUGAGCAGGAAGACCGUGACGUGCUGAAAUGAAUCAAACUGUGUUGUGUUGAAUUAUAUCUUGUGUGUAAAAUGUUCUGAUGUGGGUUUUGGUUUAAUAUUGCUGCUUAAAUUAAGUUCUCUUGAUUGCUUUUGUUUAUCUGUAUUAUUAUUUGUGUAUUUCUGAUGCUUUGACAUGCAAACAAAUGUUACUUUUCUGAAUGUGUUGCCCCCACAUUGAUGCAUAUUGUUAUGUGCCCUGAAUAAAGUGCAAUCACAGGUUUA